AUGGCGACUUACAAUUAUGACGAGUCCGGCCAGAUGGCUGCGUACUUUGUAAUUACCUUCCUUGCGCUCAUCCUCGUUCCUCUCAGUCUGUCAACGCUCCCUUCAAGAAAAAAUAAAUCUGUCAAUGGUUGCCAAUGUGAUUCUUGUGCUCAACAGCGGGCGCGUUUGUUGAAAGCAGAGGGUCAUAAGCCCACCACAAAAGCAAUAUUUAUCAUUGUCGGCUGGUCCAUCGUUUUCUUCCUCCUUCAUCGCGUCGCGAACACCAAAUCGGACAACAAAGUCUAUGACCCCUACGAGAUCCUCGGAAUCAAAUUAGGAACUCCAGAGAAGGAAAUCAAGUCUCAUUUCAAAAAGCUUUCUCGCCUAUACCAUCCUGAUAAAGUCAGAGCGACCGUGAAUCAGACACUCGAGGAGAUCCAGAAUCGCUUCGUGGAUAUCACAAAGGCGUAUAAAUCGCUCACAGACGAAACCAUUCGACGCAAUUGGGAGGAGUGGGGUGAUCCAGAUGGCAGGCAGCAAAUGUCCAUGGGAAUCGCCCUUCCCACUUGGAUCAUUGAGGGCAGAAACAAUAUCUGGGUGCUUGGCUUUUACGGAUUAAUAUUCGGCGGCGGUCUGCCUGUGCUCGUCGGACGCUGGUGGUUCGGUUCUCGUCAAAAGACCAAGGAUGGUGUUACUGCUCGCUCUGCGGCGGCAUUUUUCAAAUCUGUGACUGAUAACUCGGGGAUGGACGAAGUUCUUGGCAUGGUGGGAAGGGCGUACCGGUGGGAAUGUCAGCCCGUGGCGAAAGAUCAGGACGAGCUUAAGCGCCUAGAAGGCGCAAUCAGAGAAAAGGCGGGACAACAGUGGACCUCCCUGAUUAGCACCGUGAAGGACGAAAACGUCAAACGUGCAUUGGUGUUGGUUUACGCGCAUUUGCUAAGGCUAACCGUCGCGAGUUCGGCUUUGCAAAAGGAGCAACGUCGCGUCUUGCUCCAUACUCCGACGCUCCUGAACUCACUCCUGAUCAUGGCCACAUCGCGAAGCUGGCUCGUACCUACACUGGCGGUGAUGCGACUGCAAGGAUAUCUCACUCAGGCAUUGCUUCCGUGGCAUAGCAAUGCCGCGCAGCUGCCUGGUGUGAAACCGGAUGAGGGACUUGGUGAAAGUCUUGACCAAUUUGUCAAGACGCUUGAAGAAAAAAAGGACGGGCGCGUACCUGAUAUCAAAAAAGCAGUUGAGAAAUGGGGAAAGCUUGAUAUCGUGGAUGCUAGCUUCAAGGUUAUUGACGAGAAGACAGUCACGCCUUCGUCAAUCGUAUUCCUCGUUGUUAAAUUAAGGCUAGGAGCAGUAGAAGGCGUUGAACUGGACACUGAUACCAAGGAGAAUGACGCCAAGGACUACGAAUUUUUGAGCACACGAAAAGACGCAGAGGACGUUGUUGUGACUCCUGGGUGGGCGCAUGCACCCUAUUGGCCUGCAAACCGCAAACCUUCAUGGUGGAUAGUCCUUGCAGACCCUAAGUCUUUGCGAUUAGCCAUCCCUCCCAUGAAAAUCACCGAUAUACCGUAUGCACGCGACCUCCCUGCAUCACGACCAUUCCGGUCGUACAAGGUACAAUUCCAGGCUCCUCCGAACACGAGUGUGAACCCAUGGCGAGUGUAUGUCGUGAGCGACACGUUUGUGGGCCCAGAAUCGGAGGGCAGUGUACCUAUAACAUUGGAGGUCGUGGAGAGGAAAGCGGACGAGGCUGAUGGGGAGGAUGAGAUCUCUGAGCCAGAGGAAGACUCGCUAGCCGGUCAGAUGGCGAUAAUGAAAGGACAACGGGUAAAGAAGGUGCAAGAAGAGGAGAGCGACGAUGAGAGCGGCACUGAUGAUGACGACAAUGGCGACGAUAGUAGCAGUGAUAGUGAUUAG